AGGUUUUGUUAAAUGGAAAAUCUCAUCCCUUUCCUAAAUAAGAUUUUUCUGGAAGAAAUGAGAAGAAAUAAUGAGAGUUUGUAGAACAUUAAAUGAAAAUGAAAUAUAUAAAGUUUACACAUUAAUCUAUAUAAACUCUUCUUCUAGCUUGAGGAGUAAGGUGAUUUUGUUUUACGUGGAGAAGGUGGAGCCUGUAAGGAUAAUUUCUUUAAUGGGAUUUGCAGACAGCUGAGGUGGGAGGUGUGUCCUCCUCUCUGCCACCUUCCCAGAGCCUGUGUCUUUAAGGGCACGUUCCCACAUGUUCACUCACCUUAAAGGUGUUUUGCCCGACUUGCUCAGCUGUCUAUUUCAAAAUUGCUUACAUGUUGCUUUCCAGAGGAAUUCAGAGAUACAAAAGGAGGAUGAUUGCUUCUAAAGCCUAGAUUUCAGCAUCAAAAUAGCAGAAGCCUAGGACCUUGAUGCUGUAUGAAUUCUUCAGUUGCUGUACAGGGUCUUUUUGAGGGGUAGGCUGCUGGCGAGCUACUUCUAAAUCAGACACACCUUUGGGUUGGGCUAUUUUGGAAACUAAGUAAUUGAUGAGGCUCAAGGUAUGGUCUGCUAGGAACAAGUGAUUUUAUUGUGUGUUUUUACAAGUACUUUGAUCAGCUGAUGCAGUUGACUGACAGUCUCCUCUGUAAGUAACUGAGGGCGGAGGAGUGGUGACCUGCAGUGAGCCUUUCCUGACUUUUUCCCAAAGUGGGGAUUGCUGGCUUGCCGGCAGCUAGGCAAGAAAGGAAAAGGAACCUGAUAUGGGGGUACCUUUAUUUGGGGAGAGUAAUUCCUUCUAUUCCCGGAUAUGGAAUGGACUAAGUCAGAAGCUGCAAGGCAAAAAAUCCUGGGAUAAACAUCUGGAUGAAAUCUAUUUACUCCAGCAGAAAAGGAUCUGGGAAUCCCCACUCCUCCAGGCUGCCAAAGAGAACAACCUUGCUGCCAUUAGGAAACUUCUCACUGACGGAACAUGCGAUAUCUAUCAGAGAGGUGCAGUGGGAGAGACUGCCCUUCAUGUAGCUGCCAUGUACGAUAACUUGGAGGCAGCAGUGGCUCUGAUGGAAGCAGCUCCUGAGCUUAUCAAUGAGAGGAUGACAUCAGAACUUUAUGAAGGGCAGACAGCUCUCCACAUUGCAGCAGCCAACCAGAACACCAUGUUGGUGAAGGCUUUGCUUAAGAGAGGAGCCAACGCCAGCACAGCAAGGGCCACUGGGCACUUCUUCAGGCGCAGUUCCCAGAACCUUUUCUAUUUUGGAGAACAUGUUUUAUCAUUUGCUGCCUGUGUGGGAAAUGAGGAAAUUGUGCAGCUGCUCAUUGAAAAUGGAGCUGACAUUAAAGCUCAAGAUUCUCUGGGUAACACUGUUCUUCACAUCCUGGUUCUCCAACCUAAUAAGACGUUUGCCUGCCACAUGUACAGCCUGAUACUUUCCUAUGACAGGAACAAAGAGGGACCAGGGUCUCUUGAACUGAUUCCUAACAAUGAGGGGCUUAGUCCAUUCAAACUGGCUGGAGUUGAGGGCAACACUGUGAUGUUUCAAUACCUUAUGCAGAAGCGGAAGCAGAAUCUCUGGUCCUUUGGCCCCUUGAGCACCGUGCUGUAUGAUAUCACAGAGAUUGACUCCUGGGCUGAAGAUCAGUCCUUCCUCGAGCUCAUAGUAUCCACCAAGAAGAGAGAGGCACGCCAGAUCUUGGACCUAACACCUGUGAAGGAGCUGGUGAGCCUGAAGUGGAACAUGUAUGGUCGUCCCUAUUUCUGUUUCCUGGCCUUAUUCUACAUCCUCUACAUGGUCUGCUUCACCAUGUGCUGCGUCUACCGGCCUCUGAAACCCCGCACAGGCAACAGAACCAGCAGCAGGGACAACACAGUCUAUGUCCAGAAAAUGCUUCAGGAAUCAUAUGUGGCAUAUGAGGAUGAGCUGAGGCUGGUGGGGGAGCUGAUCACAGUCAUUGGAGCUGUAGUAAUUUUGGUCCUUGAGAUUCCAGAUAUCCUUAGAGUUGGAGCAGCGAAAUACUUCGGACAAACAAUCCUAGGAGGGCCUUUCCACAUAAUUGUCAUCACAUAUGCUUGCAUGAUCCUGGUGACCAUGGUGAUGCGUCUCACCAGCACAACUGGGGAGGUGGUGCCCAUGUCCUUCGCCCUGGUGCUGGGGUGGUGCAACGUCAUGUACUUCGCUCGGGGCUUCCAGAUGCUAGGACCUUUCACCAUCAUGAUCCAGAAGAUGAUAUUUGGAGAUCUCAUGCGCUUUUGCUGGCUCAUGGCUGUGGUGAUAUUGGGCUUUGCAUCAGCUUUUUACAUCAUCUUCCAGACGGAGAACCCUGAAAACCUUGGGCAGUUCUACAACUAUCCCAUGUCCUUGUUCACCACUUUUGAGCUGUUCCUCACUAUCAUUGAUGGCCCUGCAAACUAUGAUGUGGACCUGCCCUUUAUGUACAGUGUGGUGUACUUUGCUUUCGCCAUCAUUGCCACCCUCCUUAUGCUCAACUUGUUAAUUGCCAUGAUGGGUGACACCCACUGGAGAGUGGCCCAUGAGCAGGAUGAGCUCUGGAGAGCCCAGGUUGUUGCUACUACUGUGAUGUUGGAACGGAAACUGCCGCGGUGCCUCUGGCCUCGCUCGGGAAUCUGUGGGCGGGAGUUCGGGCUGGGGGACCGAUGGUAUCUCAGAAUUGAAGACAGGGUUGAUCCCAACAAGCACAAGAUGAUGCGGUACACAGAGGCAUUUAAGGUUCAGGAUAGGGAUAACUAUGACAAAGGUUCAGAAAAGCUGGAAACCAAUGGGGACACCUUGUUCAAGAAGGAAAUGUCUGCUCUGUCACUGUCACGAAGCACAUCCAGAACUAGUUCUCACCGUGGCUGGGAGAUACUGAGGCGCAACACCUUCCGCCAGCUCUGUGGAGAGGUCGGUCCUGCUGUGGAUGAGGAGGUCUAUGAUGUCUAAGAAGCCUCUAUUUUCACUCCACAAUAUGUGAAGUGGCCCUUUUGCCAUGACAGUUGUCUUCUACAGCUGUUCAUACACUCCCAUUGUGCCACACACAUUCAUCAGCCUUGGAGAACUCUGCUGGUGAAGAUUUUGUGAGCAGUUCAUGACAUCUGUGCUAUGACAAAAGAAUGCAAUUUUGUCUCUCCUACUUAUAAGCGUCUCUGCAAUUGCACUGAUAUUUGCACCGAGCUGGUGGGCUUGUUGAGCUGUGUUAUGCAAAUGAUCAAAAGAAGCCUGCAGUGGGAUUUCAUCCAUUUACAAUGAAGUGAUCACAGUAAGCCCUCUUCCAGACUUACAUUGAGUAUCAUCCCCCCCAGGUUCACAAAAUUGCAAGGCUCUCAUAGCAAAGAAUGACUAAAGUUCUGAUUUAUGAUUUGACGCAGAACAGAAAAAAAACCCCAAACUCCCCAAAAUCCCACAAAUCCUGUAACUGAUCUCAGGAAUGAAGGUAGUUGUUGACACUGUGAUGCUUGAAAAGGACUGUAACUACUCAGCUGGCAUUCAGGGCCUGACAGACUUGCCCUCUGAAGAAAGGCAGUCUCCAUUAACUGCAAUUUCAACAUUUCUGGCUUAGCAGGACUGUUUUGGUUUUGGUUUGGUUUGCUUGUUUGGAUUUUUUUAUUGGUGAUGGAUGUUAUUGUUUGUUUUAAUUUUUUGUCACAUGAAUGCACUUUAAACUUUUGAAAAGAUGUGAUUGCUAUUCCUGGGAGGAUUUUAAAGUGGGAACUUCUUUUCCAGUUGAGAGAGUGUAUGACCUGGUUAGGUGACUUUCAGCAGUGUGAAAUUUCAGCAGAGAUAUUUAUCUCCCAAGUAAGCUAAAUCUGGUCUUUUGUUUUUGGUGGAAGAAUAGGUUUCUGAACCAUAGUUCCCUGACUUACAAAUGAGCCAUCAAGGUAGUGAGUUCUUACUUAACACAGAAAGAAAUGGUGAGGAGUUGCUGGAUAGAUGCAUAAGAGCUAUUGCAGAGACAGUUCAGAAACUGGUGCUCUCUCUGUCUCUCUCUGAAAGUCUAAAACCAUCCAAUGAACAAUAAGUCUAAAACUGUCCAAUGAACAACUAUCAACAGUUCCCUUCCAGGCAUGUGCCAGUCUGUCAGUUUAUCAUCUGCCUCAGGCCACUUUAAGAAAAAUGAAGAAAUGUUCAGAGAAAUGGACAGUCAUUUCAGGUUUUUUUUUUUUUGCAUUCUCAGGAGUGUGGAGUUUCAUUCCAGUAGCAGAAGUUAAGCAGAAAGCAAUCCACGGUCUUAACAUUUCCUUCCAAUGGUACUAGUAACAGCAACUUUGUUCUUUAAGAAAUUAAAGAUUUUUAUCUAGCACUAGACUUUGAGCCAAGUCACCCUGUGAUAAUCAAAGCAGACAAUGAAAAAACUGAAUCCAGUGGAUUUCUGAUUGUAUUGAAUUAUCACUGCAAACCUCUCCUACACCUUCUCACUUGCAGGUGCUGUAAUGAGUAUCAUGAUCUUUGCAAUCGUGUGUAUUUAUUUAAAUGCCCACUUUCUCUUACUUGAAUGCUUUUUUUUUUCUUUUUGUUUGUCUGCCAAUGGAAGACAGACAGAAGGAUGUCACUCUGGAAUUCAAUUGUAUGCUUGUAUGCUUUUGAGUUGACUGAUGUUAUUGAAUUGAAAGUGUUGCCUGGUCUCAGUCACUGAAGUGCUGUCAGUCCUUCCCAAAACCUUUGGCCUUUUCACUGGAGAUCUAUGGAAACGGGAGCAAUGUGGUAUGUUAACCAGAACUGUGAAAUGUUGCUCUGAUUGUAGAUUAAUUCUAUUUCAUAGUGAAUAGGCAAUAGCCAGAAGGGGAGAACUAAGGAUUUCCAGGUUCUAUCCCUGGCCCCAAAUAUAGAAGAAUUUUUACUAGUUUGAAAACUGCUAAAAUACAGUUACAAUGGAACCACAUACUGUCAUUUCUAUGAAAGAACUCCCCCUUGUGACAAAAUAAUGAUAAGGAUGAUAAUAAAUAAUAAUAAUAAUAAUGGUAGUUUGAAGUACCAGUUGUGUAGGCCCUGGUUCUGAUUUUGCAUUCUUCUUCUUUGCUAUAAACAUUGAGUAAUUUGAUCUUAGGUAUUUAAACAACACUUUGACGUGGCAGGAGGCAGAACAUAACUCAGUUACCAGCCCUAGGCAUUUUUUUUAAUUUUGGUAUCUGCUCUCCAAGUGCCUCCUUCCCUAAAAUUGCAUCCUGUGAUACUCAGCUUUCAAACUUCCUGCAUAGAACCCCUGCAAACAGCAACAUCAGAACUGUGUGAUUGAUGUUCUGACUUUGGAAUUGCCUAAUGUAAAUAGGAUAGAGAAUCACAGAAUCAUAGAAGGAAGGGACCUUUAAAGGUCAUGUAGCCCAGAAACUGAGCAGGUACAUCUUCAACUGGAUCAGGUUGCUCAAAGCCCUGUCCAACCAGACCUUGAAUGUUUCCAGAGAUGGUGCACCCAUCACCUCUGAGGAAAACCUGUUCCAGUAUUUCCCCACCUUCAUUGUGAAAACAUUUCUUACUGGCUCCUAUUGGAAUUUGACUUCCAAUUUCCUAAAAUGACUUACAUAUUUUAAAAAAACCAGAACACUGGAGAAAGACCCCCUUGUGCAAAAGGGGGCAGAAUAUUUUACCAAUAGUAAAUUGAUUCCCCAGUCUUUUGUUGAUGAUCGGUGAUGCAGACCAUUUUUAGAAUUAUUUUAUUUAUCUGUAGGAUAAAUGGCUACAGAAGAAAACUAGAGGUGUGGAAAAUUGGCAGAUGUAAUGGGCACACCAGUUGUUGGGAAUAUUAAAUUUAAUAUGUAAAUGUGGACUACCUACCCUCUUUCAUUUGGACAUAGAUACAUGAAAUGCACCCGUGUGAAUCUCAGGUGGUGAAAUAAUAGGAGGCACUGGAAUAACCUUUGAGCUGUUUCAAUGCAAUCUGGGUCUGACUCAGCAACAGCAGUGACUGCAGUCACACAGAGGCCAAGCACUUUCACUGUAAUAUUCUGCAUGAAUGUGCUGCUUCAAGUUUUGUGCUUUUUGGUGUAGUUAUAUCCUAAAAUUCUGAAACAGUAUUGCUGCUCCUUGCUGUUGCAAGGUGUCUUUUCUCUCUCUCCUAACAAUAUUGCAACGAUUUCAAAGCAUUCUUCCCCUCUCUGAAAGUGAUAACCUCAAACUGUCUUCUGCGUUACUGAAGUUUAUGAUAAUGUGAUGAAUGAAUGUUUUGAUCCACUUGCUUGUAGUUAAAUGAGAUAUAUUUUGCUGACAAUAAAAAUAUGGAGUGCCUUGA